ACAAUCUCUGGAGGAAGUUAGUGUCUCAGGCUGCGGCGAGUAACAACCUCGGCUCCUCCUGGACAGUUUGAACUUCCUAUCGGGGAGGAAUGAUCGCUCCUGUAGCCUCCUGCUCUUUUCGGAUUUAAACUCGACAGAAUCUUGAUAUUUUUGCCUCUUCUGCAGACUCACUGAACACUUUACAUUAGAGUUUCGAUCAUAGACUUUUUGCACGAUAAUCUCGUCAGUAGACAGACAUCGCUGCCUUCACCUGUUGCCCAGAGAUGUUGAGAUCCACUGAGCAGAUGUGAACGGCUCAAUACUCGUGUAACUCAAUCAGAUCGUACAGAAAAGCGCAGUUUUCUUGUUCAAAGUUCAGCUACAUCAGUGAGGAAGGCGGGCAUGGAUCUGAGACCGGAGCUCCCCACAGUCUCCUCUGCCUCUCAAGUCCACCCGGGAGCGGCAGCGGCCGCCGCGGCAGCCUCCAUCCCGGUGUCCAUGGCAAGCAACCUCCUGCGCGGCCCUCCGCUCCUGCUGCGCGCCGCGGACAAGUACCCGCGCACCCCGAAGUGUGCCCGUUGCAGAAACCACGGCGUGGUGUCCGCGCUGAAGGGCCACAAGCGCUACUGCCGCUGGAAGGACUGUAUGUGCGCCAAGUGCACCCUGAUCGCCGAGAGGCAGCGGGUUAUGGCGGCGCAGGUGGCGCUGCGGCGGCAGCAGGCGCAGGAGGAGAACGAAGCCCGGGAGCUGCAGCUGCUGUACGGCACGGCGGAGGGACUCGCCCUGGCCGCCGCCAACGGCAUCAUCCCACCGCGUCCCAACUACGAGGUGUUCACGUCUGUCAACAGCGAAAGUAACUCAGAUUCAAGUAUCCAGAAGUAUGAGCUGUUCCCAAAGAGCCAGUUGUCCGGAUCCGCCACCCCCCAGCAGACUGUGGGGAAGCCGGCGUCCACCGAAAGUGACUCGGCCCCUGGCAUCUCGUCCCCAGACGGCCGACACGGAGGCUCGGGUUCAGAGAACGGAGACAGUGAGUCUUUCAUCAACUCACCGGUGUCUAAGCCUUUAAAAGACGGAGGGGAAACCCCCGGCUCCGUCAGCUCCAUCGGCUCUGACUCCGGCUCUGAGACCGAUAAAGACGAGCAGGAGCCCUCCCCGUCCUCCGCGGCCUCCCGGCACAUGAACGCCAUCGACAUCCUGACCCGAGUGUUCCCCAGCCACAAGCGCAGCGUCCUGGAGCUCGUCCUGCAAGGCUGCGGCAAAGACGUGGUACAGGCCAUCGAGCAGAUCCUCAACAACAGCGGCGCGCAGGGCUCCAACAAGGCCGGGGCAGAUGAGACGUGGACGGCCGAGAGGGUGCUCCAAAGCGCGCAGCAGGCUCCGCCGUCCUCCGCAUCCACAACUGCCCCGACGAGGCCCAUGUUACCCGGAGCCAUGACGCUCAGCAACCGCUCUGCGUUUUCUCCUCUCCAGCCAAACUCCCCGCACUUCGGCGCCGACCCCAGCACCUAUCCUCUGGGCACCCACCUGGGACUGAACCCGCUGCGGCUGGCCUACUCUGCGCACAGCCGGGGACUGGCUUUCAUGACGCCCUACUCCACCACCGGGCUGAUGCCCACCCUGGGCUUCAGACCCCCGAUGGACUAUGCCUUUAGCGACCUGAUAAGGGACAGGACGAUGUUACACAAGGAGCAGGGCUACGCCAGCGGCCUGUACGGGCCUUUGGUCAACAACACGCCGGAGAAACAGUGAGGCUGGCGGACUGACCAUAGAGACACAUUGCAUUGUAUUUGUAGCCACAAGUGUUGAAUGUUCUGGCGAAAAUCUGUGAUGUGUUUUGGCUACAGGCUGCUGUACAUAAUAGGAUUAUCUGGCUUGUAGUCAAAUGGUCUGAGAGGAAAAAAACUAAACUCGCUUAUGUGUAAUUUUCAAAAAUAAUUUUAUAUGUUUGACUAAGAAAGUUUGGAUGACAUUCCCCAGGUAUGAACAAGAUCAAUAAAAUGGCGUGAAGCUGAAAAGAUAUUUAUACAUUCCAAAAUAAAUCACAACGAGAAGAUAAAAAAUAAACCCAAAAUGUGCUUUUAUUACUGAUUUUUAUGUCAAUUCUGCAGGAUUUAAAAUAAAGUAACGAAGUAAUGAUUUAUCAGAGAGUUAGGACUUUUUAAAGCCCAUCCAAUCUUUCAGCUGGCUGUUGAAACUGAAGUGCAUAUGAUGCUCAAAAAUCAAACUCUAAAUAUGCAUUUCUCUCUCUCACACACACACAUGGAAUAUUAAAUGAGGCAGAAUUAAGUUAUUAUAACAUGUAGAUUACGGAUGUUAACCCUAUUUCCUGAUGUACAAGUUGAACUAAUGAUGUGUAAAUGCCAUCCCUCUUUUUUUGUUCUCUUAUGUAUAAUUUCACUUAUCUCACCUGUUUGUUUUAGUUCAUUUCCAGCUGCCUGUAUUGUAUAUUGCAUUUGGUAAUAUGAAACGCUAUGCUAUAUUUGACUUUUCAUUUUUCCGUUAGUCAGCUCAGAUAUUUUUGUGACAAAGUGCUGGAUCAAGUCAGUUCAUCUUCAAAAUGUUACAAGCUGUGCUGUCACAUUGUAUGAAUAUGCUGGAAAUAAAUGUUAUUUUAAAGAAA